GCCGUUUUAAAAGUUUUAACCGAGCCUUCUCUUGCUCCAUCGGGUUUCGGCACGCCUUUCCCUUCUUCGGUUCUCUCUUUCUUUUUAUCGGUCUCCUGGGUAUCUCCAAUCUCCGGCGUCCAGGAACCGAGAUUUUUUAGCGUCUGGCCAGUGGGAAUUCGAUUUUCGAAUCUUGGGGGAGUUCGGCGGGGGUCCGAUGGCCUCGUCGGUGGUGUCGAAUGUGGCGGCGGCGGCGCUAACAAGCGCGUCGAAUUGGUGGGACAAGGUGAACAACUCGCCCUUGUGGCAGGACCGGAUCUACCAUACACUAGCGGGCCUCUUUGGAUUCGUUGGAGCCGUGGCUCUGAUACAAUUGGUUAGAAUUGAAUGUAGAGUACCAGAGUAUGGUUGGACGACGCAAAAGGUCUUCCAUUUCUUGAAUUUCUUGGUGAAUGGCGUCCGAUCAGUUGUUUUUGCAUUUCGUCGGAAUGUGCAGCGGAUAAAGCCUCAGAUCUUUCAACAUGUUCUUCUUGAUCUGCCUGGUCUUGCAUUCUUCACAACCUAUGCACUGUUGGUACUCUUCUGGGCUGAAAUAUAUUAUCAGGCACGUGCUGUGUCAACUGAUGGGCUUAGGCCAACUUUCUAUACAAUUAAUGGAGUGGUUUAUGCUAUACAGAUUGCUCUGUGGCUGCUUUUGUGGUGGAAGCCCGUUGGAGCUGUGCUCAUCUUAUCAAAGAUAUUCUUUGCAGGUGUAUCAUUAUUUGCUGCCUUUGGAUUUCUUCUCUAUGGGGGGAGGCUCUUUCUGAUGUUGCAACGCUUCCCUGUUGAAUCAAAAGGGAGACGCAAAAAGUUACAGGAGGUUGGUUAUGUAACCACCAUAUGUUUCUCCUGUUUCUUGGUGAGAUGUAUAAUGAUGUGCUUCAACGCAUUUGAUAAAGCUGCAGACCUUGAUGUUCUGAACCAUCCAAUUCUGAACUUCUUAUUCUACCUUCUGGUGGAAAUUCUUCCUUCAUCUCUGGUCCUAUUCAUCUUGAGGAAGCUGCCACCUAAGCGUGGCAUUACACAAUACCAUCCUAUCCAUUGAUUCAGAGGUUGAAGUAUACUGUAGCUUCUGCUCUCUCAAUCUCCCAAAAAUGGAACUGGUUAGGCUCUGUACUGCCUAUGUUUCUUUGCAGAAGUAACGAGCAAGAAUGUGUAGAAAAGAGAAUGGGUCUCAGACGUUGGUGGUAGGGUUGGUUAGAGGGUCACGCAUGUGCUAGUGGAGACUGUAAAGUUGUGAAUCAUUGCAUAUAUGUUCUGUAUAAUAUUCUUUCUGUAAUUAGAGAUGCACAAUGUUUCUUCUAGUUUAACCUUUCCCGUUGAGCUGCUUUCUUUUUUUUACAAUUAAUGCUUCAGAAAAUCUUCUGUAUUCGAUGCUUUGAGUUGAUUUCUGGGGAACUGAGUUUUGAUA